GCAACACGCGCUCCCGGUUUCGCGUCCCCGAAAUAUCCGAGCCACAUUGUAUAAAUUAAAAAAAAAGUAUGAUCAGUUGAUUGAGUGAAGGUGUUCGAAUUUUGAAAUCACCAUGCCUAUCGGUAACUUGAGUAAGGAGACUGGGGCUCGCAGGGAGUCGUUCCGACCUCCGUGGGUGAAGGAAAAGGAUGUGGAAGCACCGCCAUCUUGGAUGCAGAAAAAGUUGAAACCAGUGGAAAGCCUGAACAAGACUGCAUCCAUUGAUGAGCCUGCCGCUGCUCCUAUUCAAGCUAAACCUUUGAAACCCGUAUUGAAAAAGCAGUCGACGAUCAGAGACAAACCCGAAAACGGAGUGUCACAGCCCGUAGAAGAAAAACUAGUCAAGCCAUCAGCGGCAAAACAAGCUGAUCAGGCAGCGAAACCAACUGAAGAAAAACCAAAAUUCACUAAACCCGCACUCAAAAGUGCUUUAAAAUCGGAGGACAAGCCCUCUAACGACAAAACAGAUAGUCCAACUCUUAGAAGCGUAAGAACUAUAGACGACAAAGCUAAGGAAAAAUCUGUAACUAUAGUAGACAAAAGACCAGAGAAAAAUGGUCCAACCAAAGCAAAUAGCCCGGUGAACGACAAAGCAGUCAAUAAUAAUAAAAUAACGAGUAAAGAUACUAAACCUGUAACAAAGGUUGUCAAUGAUAAACCUGCAGCUAAGGCUGCAGCUGAAAAACCAAUACCAAAAGCUCCUGAGAAGGUAGUAUUAAAACCUGUAGAAAAGGUUGAACUUAAACCGACGCCUGCUAAGGAGGACCCCAAACCGGCAACUACUAAACAAGAGACUAAACCUGUACUCGCAAAGCCGGAACCCAAAACCCCGGUGUCAAAACCCGAGCCUAAAGCCUCUGAGAAAGCUGUAGAAAAAUCAGAAAGCACAGAUAUGGCCACUAAACCACCACUAGAGAAGACUCCUUCAAAGCUCCCACCGCGCAAACCACCGAUUCAAAAGCAACCGUCAAAGGAUGACGUACCCGUUAAGAAAUGGCGGGACCCCCUGCAUGAGCGUGUCAAGGAAAAUAUUGAUAAAACUCUAAACAAUGAGAUUCCUAAGGGUCACACGCUCACCAAAAAUGAGAGCUUGAGAAGUUUGCUGAAGCCCACACCGCCUCCAAUGCCACCACCGUUGCCGCCCAAGAUGCCCCCACCACCAGAGUUCAAGAAAUCGCCUUUGGACCCUGACAAGCUAAAGAGGAUCGAACAGCUCCGCAGCAGACCUAGAAGGAGACCAGACUGGUCUGACAUGAUGAAGGAGGUGGAACAAGGAAAGAAGUUAAAACAUGUUGUUUGUAAUGACAGAUCAAGUCCAAUCAUAACCAGAUCAGCAGUAGUGAAGAACAAAGGACAGUUCAUAUUCGAAUCAGAAAAGCCGAACUCACACAAUGCUUUGCUAAAAGAGAUCUCAAAAGGAGUUAAGCUGAAGAAAACGAAGACCAAUGACAGAAGUAAACCGAAUUUGGAAGGCUUGAGGAAGUUCAGAAGACAAAUGACGAUUGAGGAGCAAGUACAGAAGAGCAUGUCGCAAGCUAAUCUAGCUGCAUCACCGUCAGGAGUCGGCUUGGCGGCAGCCGAGGCCAGCAACUCACAUAUUCCUGGUGUGUUACCACCAGAGGAAGAAGACAUCGAUGAAAUGGAUGACAUCGAUAAGGUCAGAGAUGAUUUACAGUCAACAAAGCAGUUGCUAGCUAUUGAAUUGAGAAACAAAGAGGCUCAAGAGAGAGAAAACAAACGACUCUUAACAAGGAUAGCAAAUUUAGAAGCAGAAUUAGCAAGAGAAAGAGCGUUCAUCAAACAGGAACAACACAAGACUGUGAUCUCUGUCACUGAUGCAUAUGAUGAAAGACUAGUAAAUAACCUAAAGAUGGAAGUAGAGAAAACUAAAGAAAAUGCUGACAAUUUGGAGAAACAAUACUUACAAGCUGCAGAAGAUAGAGACACAGCACUCACAGAGUUAGAAGAAGUGAAGAGAAGGAAUGCAGAGUUAGAGAAGAAGUUGGAACAAGCUAUGUCGGGCAUCAUGCCAACAAGUAUGGGUUCACGACGCUCGAGCCACGCCAUCAAACAACUAUCUGUCACCAAGGACGAUAGCUUCGAAGAGGAAGAAGAUUCUGAUGAGGGAGAGGAAGAAAGUGAGGAGAAAAAACAGAAGAGAAUGGAAAAAGAAGUCCGCAACAUGAGGAACAAGAUCCGAUACCUAAAAGAGAAGCAAGACCACAUGAAACGAGAGAGAAUGGGAUUCAAGAUGUCGCUGAAGAACCAACAGGCAGCACUGAAGGAGGAAAAGCGAAAAUACAAGGAGCUAAAACGUGAAGUCGACAAGAUGGCUGCUAUGAUGAAGGAAUGCGGAUCAGAUGAUGAAGAUGAUGAGGAGGAGGAAGAAGAGUCUGAAGAGGAGAAGAAGUCAGAAACAGAAGAAGAAGAAACCGAGACUGAAACAGAACAAGACACAGAGAGCGAGACAGAAAGUGAAAGUGAACCUGAGGAUGCUCCAUUACCAAAGAAGAAAGAAAAUCUCACAAAGAGGGUGAAACGCCACGAGACCAGGGUUCACGCGCUGAAGAAGGGCAACGCUCUCUUGAUGGCCAACGUAGACCGGCUGAAGGACGAUGUUUUGAAACAGAGAGAAGAAUCCGUUACAUUGCAGAAAGAACUGGACUCUCUAAUUGACGAUCUUGAGUGAUUAAAUUUUAAAAUACCUGUUCUAAAAAUAAUUAAUUCUAUCAUGUCGUCCAGAGAUGGUGCUGUAUUGUGUUGCUAGUCACAAAAAUGUAUAGCAGUGUGGUGGUUCCUAUGUAUAUCUAUGUUUAUUGAUGUUACUUCUUGAGCAGUUCGGUAAUAUGGCCGAAUCGUUACUAUAUAGGUUUGAAACGCCUAUUUUUGAAGUUGA